AGCCAAAAAUUUCGCACGAGAGAAGGGAGGUAUUUUCCUUCUAAAAUCGGCAAAACAAACUUCUUCUAUAUCAGAGACGCGAAGACAUGGAGCUACUGUUCGAAUGUCCAGAUAAAUUUUUGUAUUGCAUCAAUUGUCACAUAGUUUCCUAUCGUGUAGAUAAAUAAACAUUCUUUUACCGAAAUCAAAAUAUCUACAGGGCUCGAGAAGUGCCAUAGAAUUAUACUUUAUAUUCUUUUAAUUCUGAUUUGAAAACAAUAAAUGACUGUAGUAACCAAACUAUAACAGAUAAUCUACUAUUAUUUAAAUCUAAAGCGUUUACUGAGUUUAACAUCGUGUUAUGAGUGUAAUGCACUCGCACAAGAAAUGUCGUAAGCGAUAAAAGGUCAUCAAGUGAUAUCUCGCGCGUGAACAUCGCCCGGCCUAUACAUAUCGGGCGUCGCACCGAGCAAUGCACCUGAUUGUUUAAUCAAGAGACACGGUAGUGGCUCGCGCCAAGUGAAAGCGCAGCGCGAGCCCGACCGUGCUCUUUACGCGAGUACGCGACUUGCGAGCACUCGAGAUUAUUGAAUCUCAGAAACGGUUAAAUCGAUCGAGUUUCUAAGUAAGCUCAAUCGAAAGCUUGGGGUCGAUUUAUAUUAGAAAACUAUUUUUAUUUUUUCUCUACAUGUCCUAUGAAUGGAGAUAUCGCGACGCAAAGUCCGAAAAGCCAAAAUUUCAUUUAAGAUACGUCGUCGUCAUCGUCAACCUUGUUGGUAUCUCUGCGGGUAGUGCGGGUGCCGAAAAUGAGGGACGAAAAUCCAUUUCGCUCAUCUACUACCGUGUGGCGUUCGCAUCGUCACUAUAGCACCGUAUAUGGCAAUGUAUAAGUCACGUGGUCACCAGUGGCUCGCUCGCGCCGUGAAUUAGUUGUGUGAAGAUGAUAGGUUAUAUAUGAGGUUUUAUUAUUAUUAAUCAUUGACACCAAUAUAAAUUAAUUAAUUAAUCAGAGAGUAACAUAGCUCAAUUUAUCGAUGAGGUCACAUAAGUUGCUUCGGCCACAGGUCAGCUCCUGUCAAGUGACAUGUGUAGUGGAGUUAAUAUUUAACAAACUGAAGCGAUUAAACAUUAGUAACAGUGAACCCGUAACACCUAGUAGUAGCUCCUUUAAUGAACCUUUAAUGCACAAUGAAUUCAUGCCAAUAUCAAAGGAUGAUGCAAGAUACUACAAUAUGAAUCAUAAAAAUCGCGGCUAUUGUAUAAUCUUCAAUCACAACAAAUUUAAUGGUAAAUCCGAUAGUCGAGAGGGUUCGACAAUUGACGUAAAUAGGCUGGUAAAAACUUUUGGGAACCUCGAUUUCGAUGUUAAAGUUUAUGAAAAUUUUACAUGCAAUGAAAUUAUGAAGGUUAUAAAGGAAGUGAGUCAGCUCGAUCAUACGGAUAACGAUUGCCUUUGCAUCAUUACACUAACUCAUGGGACUCGCAACGAUCGGUUAUGCGCGAGAGAUGUCGUAUAUCCAUCUGAUAAGCUUUGGAAGCCUUUUACUGCCGAUAAAUGCGGGACACUUGCAGGCAAACCUAAGCUGUUCUUCUUCCAGGCUUGCAGAGGCAAUGAACGCGACAGUGGCGCUAGCAGUAGCGCAUCCUUUAUACAAAUCAAAGAAACUGCAUCUGAUACAGCAAAAGCUUUUGAUCGUGUUCCAAUUCAAGCAGAUUUUCUGAUAUCUUAUAGCACGGUUGGAGGUUAUACUUCCUGGAGAAAUCCCGAAAAAGGCACGUGGUAUAUACAGUCCUUAUGUGACAUUUUUGAUGAAAAUGGAACAAAGCUUGAUGUUGUAACGAUGAUGACUAUGACAACAAAUAAGGUCGCCAAAUUUUCCACCAUUAAUUCCAAAAAAGAGUUACACAAUAAAAUGCAGGUACCAGAAAUGGUUCAUCGGCUAAGAAAACUAAUUUGUUUCUGGCCAAAAAAAGAACAAUUCAGAAAAAAAAGCGGAUAAAAGCGUUACUUAUUUUCUGUAAUUAUAACGUAGUGACAUUUUUAUAGUAACGGUAACGAAUUUAACCGUUAUUUAUAUAGUUACUUCCCGAGCAAAAAUAAAAGAGAUGUUACUUUAUAUGUAUAGAUCAAAAUAGAUCUAUUUUUAUACAAUUGUAUCUCAUGAGAUAUGUUUUUUAUAUCUUUUCAGAUCUUCAAAAAUGUAUCAUAUGUCUUGAAUAAUUAAAGUUAUAUCCAUUAGAUCUAACUAGAUGACCUAAAAUCUAAUUGAAUUUUUAAUCGAGUGAGAAGAAAUGUAAUAUAUAGAUCUAUGAAGUUAUAAUUAUAUCUACGUAUAUCUACUUUAAUAAAUUUGAAAUUAAAUAUAUUUAAUAUUAUAUUUGCAGAGAUAUAACAAUAUCAAAGUAGAUCUGCGUAUAUAUAUACCAAAAAUUGAUGUUAGAUCUACAAAGAUUUUAUAAUAUUAAAGUAGAUCUACAUGUAUACAAAUAGAAUUUGUCUAAAACUGACGUUAGAUUUACAAAAAUAGCUUUAUAUAGAUUUAUAGAUAAAUAAAAUAAUAAAUUUAACCAUUUUUAAUGUUGGA